CUAAUCUACCCCUCUACAUAUUUGUGUUCUCCACAAAGUGACGGCCGCUGAGGAUGAGGACACUGGCUCCCUGAGUGUUUGUCAGUCGAUACUCGACCAGCGGACAGAACCCAGACCGGGAGAUCGGGUAACUGACGGGAUAUCUGGGAUCAGACAAUGAUCGGAAGAUCGUUCUUCCUCCUCUCCCUUCUCCAAGCCGUGGUGUCGGGAGAGUGGAGUGCGGACAAUCCCGGAGCUGUGACAGCGCAGAAUGGUUUGUGUGCACGGAUUCCGUGUCGCUACAGAUACCCGUCGAAUCUGAACAAUGAUCCACGGACUGGAAUCUGGUUUAACAGUGAGUCGCGCGACAACAAAGGUCCUGUAGCCUUCCACUCCGGGAAUCACAGUCUAGCAGCAACAAAGUUUCAGCAUCGGACCCGGCUGUCAGGAAUCCUGAGAGACAACGACUGUUCCCUGGUUAUAGACAACGUCACGCAGCAAGAUGCAGGUCCUUAUUUAUUCAGAGUUGAAUUCGAUGGGGAAGAUGUUUACAGCUUCCUCCCUGCAACACAGCUCAGUGUUACUGAUUUCACGGAUAAACCCACGAUAUUCGCUGCUGAAUUGGUGGCAGGAAAGCCUGUGAACAUGACCUGCUCCUUCAGCACCACGUGUGAUGGAACGGCCCCCACCUUAACCUGGGUCACCCCCGCUGAUGAACCACCGUCAGCCUCACACAGCGUAACUCAGCAGGGUGACACUCUGACAUAUACUUCUGUUCUGUCCCUGACCCCAGCGAUCAAACAUCACGGGCAAAACCUCACCUGCAGAGUCACAUACCCAACUGUGUCAUCGGAGCAGACCCUCACACUGACUGUGGAAUACGCCCCCCAGAAUCUCUCAAUCACUUCCCCCGACAAUGUGAACAAUUCCUGGGUCAGUAUAAAGGAAGGAAACUCUGCAGCGAUCCUCUGCUCCCUCCAGAGUUUCCCAGCGUCUAACCUGAUGUGGAGACAUCGGUGCAACCCACCCGGAGAGCUCACCUGGCGCCUCCCCCUCGCCAACCUCAGCGGAAAUCAAACCCACGGACGUCUCCACAUCUGGCAGGUGGCAAGCGGGCAUCUGGUGAAUGGCUCCCUCACUCUGAGAGGGGGUGCGGGAGGGGAGUACGUGACAGCCGUGUGCUCAGUCAGAAACCGGCACGGGGAAGCCAUGCUCACGCUGUAUCUGUCGAUGGAAGAUAAAAGCUUCACUAAUUGGAUGGCAGUUUGGCUCACAGCAGGGAUAAUACUGAUGGCUGUGCUAGCUGGAUUCAUCAUCUACAAGUAUAUACUGCGGAGGGAAGAUGCUUCAGGAAACCAAGACACCAAUGUGAUCUACUGCCCACACUCUGCCACCAAUCAGAGCGCGGGGAGUGGAGAGAACGGGCCGGCCCCAGUGGAGCUGAAAGGAGGAGGGGAAUCGGGAGAGGGGGAAGAGCAAGCGGUCGUGUACGCCAACCUGCGGGAGGUGCUGAGCAGCGGAGACACCGGGCACAGUGACGAGGGGGUGGAAUACGCAGAGCUCUGGUUCCAGUCCAAGCAGGGGAAGGGGUAG